AUGUCUGAUGUUAAUGAUAUAUCGUGGUGGAACCCACCAGAAAGGAUUAAACAACUUUGUCUCCAGGGCGAUCAUUCGAUUUCUUAUAAUAAUCACGGGUUUUAUCCACCUUUUAAACAACAUUAUUCUUAUAUCACACAUGCACCAUAUCCUGUCAACUUUCGUACACCUACGAUCUCUAAUGAAAUUUGUGAAGCAGCAUCAGUUUAUGAUUAUAAUCCACAUUCAUCUUUUACCACACCUUUUAUAAAUCCACGAUUGCUAGUCACCGAAACAUCCAAUGACCUUUCAAUAUAUCCAUCACCUAUCACGCAUUCGAUAUUAGGACAACAACAACGGGAACCAGAUCAAACUAUUGAAGGAUUUGUCGAAUCAAACUCAACAACAUUAUUGAAACAAAGUCAACUUGCAAUAAUUCCACCAGAAUCACGUCAAGCAGUGUUUACUAGCUUAACGGAAAAUAUUACGCAAAUUACAUCAUCACCAAUUAAAACAGCGUACUCUAACAAUAAUAAUAAUGCAUCUAUGGAAGAAAAUAAUCAAGGGAUCACACAUACUAAUGAUUUCGCGACGUUGGUUUCUACAAUGUCAUCACAACAGCAUUCUACAAAUUCGGAUAUUUACAAUAGGCCACAUCGGAAUCGAUUUUUGGAAGAAGAAAACCGACGAGAUGCUAGACGAAGAGAACGUAACCGAUUAGCAGCUCGACGCCAUCGUAAUAAAAAACGUUACAAGAGCGAUCAACUAGAAAGUCAAGUUCAUGAAUUGAUGGUUGAGAAUGAACGACUGAAAGGAUUGGAAGCAGAAGUAGAACGAUUGAGAGGAUUGCUUAAGGAUGUAAAAA